GCAUUGAGAGAUCAAUAUAUGAGAUCUGCAGAUGGUUUCCUCAUGGUUUAUUCUAUCAUUGAUAAAAUGUCGUUUGAGGAAAUUCACGAAUUCUACGAACAAAUUCUCAGAGUGAAAGAUUGUGAAAAGUGUCCAAUGGUAUUAGUUGGAAACAAAUGUGAUUUGGAAUCCGAAAGGUCAGUAAAAGUGGAGAAGGCCAAAAUGUAUGCCAAAGAGCUUGGUAUUCCACUAUUGGAAUCUUCAGCAAGACAGAGAUUGAAUGUGGAUGAAGCAUUUGGAACAUUAAUUAGAGAAAUUAGAAAAACUAAACCAGAACCAAAACAAGAAAAGAAAAAGCAAAGAAAAACAUGUGCUAUUAUGUAA